AUGCCUACUUGCAAGUUGACCUUUAAUAACAGUCAAACAUAUAAAAGCUGUCUAGAAAAGUGUAUUGCAAAUAGCACACACUUGCUUAUAAAUGCCAAAGUUUUUCAAGCAGUUUCUUUUUCUGAUCAAAGUCAGUCUACAUCAGCAAUAGUUUCUAACUUGGCCUUUGGAGAAAACACUAAUAUGAGCAGUAAUAAAGAUAUAAAUAUUAUUGACAGAACUAAAGAUGAUGAGCUCAUGUACAAUAUUGGCAAAGAAUAUGAGAAUUUCCUGGAAGAAAUUGAAGGCACCACACCCUCGCUAGUCUUUGAUUUUAGCCAGCCUCUUCCUGUUCCCAGCAACGGUGAUAAAAAGAAUCCUGUAUUCAUGCAGUUGAUUCAGGAGUUUGGAAUUUCUUGUCAAGCCCACAAAAAGAUUGUAGAACACUUCAACUAA